UCUCGCCACUAGAGGGCGCCUUGACAUAACGGGCCCAGCCUGGUGGUUAGUGUUCAGUGUGUGUAUCCGCCUUAUAUCCAAUGAGAUAAGUAGUCGGUAAAGUGUAUUUGAGAAUAUAUAUUUUGUAUUUUAUUUAAACUAACAGAGUAGGAGCAUAACGGAAUUUAGCAGACGGAGCAAAGUUACACAGUGAAUCCCAUAAAUGGGCGUGACAGGCGCACAAUAACAACACAACAACAACAAAGGAACUGCUUCCGGGGUUCUGGAUGUAGCUGUCAGACUCCAGCAUCGUUUGAUCGGGAAAUUGCUUUAUCAGCAGCGUUAGUAUGAGCGAGGGAGAAGUGUUUCAUGAGAAGCAACGAUUGGAGCUGUGCGCGAUUCAUGCACUCAACAACGUGCUCCAGGAGCGGGUCUUCACCAAGGAGACAGCCGAUGACAUCUGCAAACGGCUGGCUCCGCAGUGUGUGGUGAACCCUCAUCGCUCAGUGUUGGGCACGGGGAACUAUGACGUCAACGUCAUCAUGGCAGCACUACAGAGCAGGGAGCUGGCUGCAGUGUGGUGGGACAAACGCAGGACGGUUCAGAGCCUUUGCAUGUCAAAGGUCCAGGGUUUCAUUCUUAAUGUACCAUCACGAGUAUCGCUUGGAAUUGUGUCCCUCCCGCUCCGACGGCGGCACUGGCUUGCUGUCCGGCAAGUUAAUGGACAGUACUACAACCUGGACUCCAAACUGAAGAGUCCUGCCUGUAUUGGGGGAGAGGCAGAAUUACGCUCGUUUCUCAGUGAACAGCUUUCUCAGGAUGUGGCCGAGAUGCUCCUGGUCGUCAGGCGGGAGGUGGAGGAGGACGGCUCGUGGCUGAACUCCGACAACUCCAAGAAGUGAUCUCUCUUUGUGACGGGACAAAGCAUGGGAAAGGAAGAAGAAACUCCUCUGGGAAAAUUAGACUUUUUUUUGUUACAAAAUGAACACCUCAUGACAGAAACCUCUUCAGGGAAUGCACUAAAUCCAUGUAAUAUCUACACUCAGACUCACAGAGGAUAUUCCAAAGAGAAGCAGAGACGUUUGUUCACUCCUGACAUGAAGAACUGUAUUGAUUGUAACAGCUGUAAAAGCGAAUACUUGGAUGUGACUGAUGUCUCUGCGUUGUCCUGCUAUGGUACCUUGUUAUCACUGGGAGGGUUUGUUGAAGCUAAUGUGGUUGGAGCUAAAUGUGUGCUAGUUUGAUGAUAGGUUGAUUGUGACACAUGACUGAUCUCACUGUUUCCUGAUAGGACAUCUGCAGUGUUAGUGCAUGAAAAACCAUCUGCAAAAAAAGUUAACUGGUCUACUUUGAUAACUUAAACUAUAAUGUGUAUCAUUUUAGUGAGAUGUCCACCUUAGAUAGCCUUGUCACAGAUUUUUACAUCCAGGUUUGCCAAUUUUAGAUCAAUAUGUUAUAUUUGUGCAGGAUGGUCGUGCAAAAUCUGAUCAGUCACAACCAAGUGCACCAUCUCUUCCCAACACCUUUCUUUAGAACCUACUAUGCACUGCAGAGUUAGAUUUGUUAGCACUCUUUGUUUGUUUGUGUGAGUCCAUACAGGCACGGGUACUGUGAAGGCAUCACUUGGUGAGGCAUUGAAGAACAACCAGUGUUUUUGCAUGUUUUAAUCCAUUCACUACAACAGUAGAAACACUUUUCACAGCCUGCCUAAGCUGUGGAAUUUUCUUUUGUUUCCUCUAGGCAGCCUUUAUUUUCCUUUCAUUAAACUUCAUUAGAACAAAAACCCUGCAGAGAUUUGAUAUGUGGUUGAGAUCAAUAAUCCAUCAAGAAGCAUAGUCAAAGUCAAGUUAUUGAUGUGUUAUAAUGCAGCUGAAAUGAAAACAGUAAUGAAGCUUUGACAAAAUAAAAGCUGGCAUGGUGCUGAGUAUGAUGGAUUACCAUCUCAACCACAUUUCAUGUCUCUACAGGUAUGUAUCAAACAGCUGUCAUGAAUAAAAGCCUGUAGAUCUCUGCAGUAUCACCUUCCGUUAACUCUAAAAGCAUCACAGGAUAAAAAGACACUAUUUCAGAUAUGCUGUAUGAGUCAAACAUGCAAAAACACUGGUUCUAUGACUGUUGAUGUAACUUUUAUGUUUGUGUUGUGUCUCUCCUUUUUGAUCUAUGCAUAUCCAAAAGAAUAGGAACACUGGUACCCACUAGUGACCUACUCACACAUAAACCUAUUGAAGCUUAUUUAUAUUAAAGUUUGAACUCCUGUUUUAAGUAUGAA